AUGAAUCAAGAAAAUAUUCAAGAUGAAGAUGACAUUGAAGCCCUUGGUGCUUUCUUUCGUCAUGUAGGACAGACAGUAGAAGCAACUAAAGAUAAAUACCUCUGGCAAUUCCGAAUCGCUGGCGUUUUUCAUCAAGUUGAGUUUUAUAAUUCAAAACUUUCAGGAAGAAAAAAAAUACUUGUGGAUGGGCGGCUUGUCUACGCUCAGCAGCAGCUGCGGUCUGCUGGCUUUGAAUUCUCCUGGCCUCUGAAGGGCUAUCUUUUUAGCGUCGUCUUCGAUCAACAGAGCAAAGGCUUCGCUCUUCGCAUCAACGGGCUUCCCUUUCAGCUAUUCUACAGGCCAGGGAAUGUAAUGGAAGCCCCGCUGCGCCCUCCUUCAAUCCAACAGUCUCCGCCUGCAACAGCUGCUGCUGGACCCGUUGCUGCUGCUGCUGCUGCUGCUGCUGCUGCUGCUGCUGUUGCUUCUGGUCCUCCGGUGCAUUACCACCAACAAACGCAGCAGCAACUGCAGCAGCAGCAGCAGCAGCGGCAGCAACUUCAAUGGGUCUCCCAGCAGCAGCAACAGCAGCAAUAUCUGCAGCAGCAACAGCAGCAAUAUCUGCAGCAGCAACAGCACCAGCAGCGGCAGCAGCAGCAGCAGCAGCAGCAACAGCACCAGCAGCAGCAGCAGCAGCAGCAACAGCAGCAGCAGCAGCAACAGCAACAGCCUGCAGCUUCUGCUGAACAUCCAACGACUGCAAGAGGGUUUGGUCUUCUUAAAGAACCGCCUCAAGACGUCGAUCUCUUGGAUUUGGCUGGUUCUUCUGGCUGCCCCUCCCCUGGGGAGACAGCAGCAUCAGGAAGUGGAGGAGGAACAGGGGGGCCCCCCUCAGCUGUACCCUGUUUGAGUUCGGGGGCCCCCAGUUGUUGCAAUGCAGAAGUAGAGCAGCUAAAUGCUGCUUUCUUCAGUGAUCUACCUCCUACGCCAGACUUCCCUGUGCAUGCAGACGGGCCCCCUGAUGCACCCUAUGAGGGUACAGAGGGGCCCCCACCUCUGGGGGCCCCUGAGGGCCCCCUACAGCUGCCUAGACCUGCUAUACAACCUCCACUUAUGUCCAAUGCCUGCAACGGAAGCUCCUCUAAGCAGCAGCAGCAGCAGCAGCAACAGCAGCAGCAGCAACAGCAACAGCAGCAGCAGCAGCAGCAGCAGCAGCAGGAACAGCAACAGAGGCGAGGCAGCAGCACCGAAAGAGGGCCCCCACAGGGAGAUAAUAAGGGCGGCCCCCAAGAGGGAAUGUCUAAUAGAAAAGACCCCUUUGCUGAUUUAAUGAAUUUGGCUUCAGAUAAACUCAACAUUUCCUUGUCGCUGCGGCGGCAAUCGGGAGAAAACCCUAAACCCUAA